GACGCAUGAGGGCCCGCCCGCGGCGCCUGCGCAGUACAGAGCGGCGGAAACGGAUACGCGAAGCGACCGGAAGCAGCUCUUUCUUUCUCCCCGCGGCCUUCGGCUCGUGAGGCGGCCAUCAUGGUGUUCAAACGCUACGUUGAGAUUGGCCGAGUUGCCUAUAUUUCUUUUGGACCACAUGCGGGCAAGCUGGUAGCGAUUGUGGAUGUUAUUGAUCAGAACAGGGCACUAGUAGAUGGUCCUUGCAGCGGUGUCCGAAGGCAAGCUAUGCCCUUCAAGUGCAUGCAGUUGACUGACUUUGUUCUCAAGUUUCCUCACAGUGCUCGUCAAAAGUAUGUGAGAGCUGCUUGGGAGAAGGAAAACAUUAACGAGAAGUGGAAAACUACCAGAUGGGCACAAAAAAUUGAAGCCAGGAAGAAGAAAGCCAAGAUGUCAGAUUUUGAUCGUUACAAGGUCAUGAAGGCCAAGAAAAUGAGAAACAGAAUCAUCAAGCACGAAGUGAAGAAGCUGCAGAAGGCUGCUGCUGCUCCUCCUCCCAAAAAAGAAUAAAUAGUCAGCAAAUAAAAUUUCAUUUUUAUGUGCA